AUGAGAACGAGACGACAAACUCCCAUCUCUGACCCGGCUACCCACAGGCACCACUCUGUUUUUAAAAAGUCGACAGGUCGUUCCCCGCUAGUGUGGCUGAGGGGGAGGGGGCGCACCCAGGAGCAUCCUGGAACCAAUUUGAGAGGGAGGAGGCUGAUCCUCCUCACACCCCCUCUCGAUAUCGACGGGACUGGGCUUCCAGUUCAAGGGCUACUCCCUUCCCCUUGGUACUCUCCUUCAUUCUUAUAUGAAGAGACAAAGGCUGAUCGGCUAGUCUGCGGCAACACUCUGUUUUUAAAAAGUCCACAGGUCGUUCCUCGCUAUUGUGGACCUAACCACUCCCUUCCUCUUGGUACUCUCCUUCAUUCUUAUACGAAGAGACAAAAGCCGAUGGAAGAGUCAACACCAACUGACACUCAUCGGCAAGGUAAAAAACGUUGUGGGAAUUCUCCUAGGAAGACUAGUGGCUCUGUUGCUGGACCUUCUUCUCAGCAGGAUAUUCCAGGGGAUCAGGGGAAACCUUAG